CUUCAGGUUUAGGGGGUAGUGUUGCUGGAGAACCAGUCUCUCUCCCCGCACUUCCCAGCUCACCCUUUCACCGGGUUCCUCCCCCGAGCGGCAAAGAGGAGGGGGCGGGGGUAGGGGGAGCCAAUCCCGGCAGCGCCAAAGGGGGGAGGCGGCGGUGACAGCCGCGGGGAGGGGGCGGGAGGAGAGAGGCGGCUUGGCUCUGGCUUGGUGCUUAGCUCCGCUCUGCCUCCGGCUCUGCGCUCACCUACUGCCCAAGCCUCCUGCUCCUGCCCCAGGACCCGCAGCGGGACCCCAGUCCAUCCCAGACAGCCCCAGCCCAGACAGCGUGCAACGCCGCCAGGGGGCGCCGUGUGAGCGCCCUAUCUUGGCCACCCGGCGCCCCCUCCCACGGCCCAGGCGGGACGGGACGGGGGCGCCGGGGGCCAUGCGGGGCCAGGGCCGCAAGGAGAGUUUGUCCGAUUCCCGAGAUCUGGACGGAUCCUAUGACCAGCUUACAGGCCACCCUCCGGGGCCCACUAAAAAAGCGCUGAAGCAGCGGUUCCUCAAGCUGCUGCCUUGCUGCGGGCCCCAGGCCCUGCCCUCAGUCAGUGAAAACAGCGUGGAGGAUGAGUUUGAACUGUCCACGGUGUGUCACCGGCCAGAGGGUCUGGAGCAGCUGCAGGAGCAAACCAAAUUCACGCGCAAGGAAUUGCAGGUCCUGUACCGGGGCUUCAAGAAUGAGUGUCCCAGCGGAAUUGUCAAUGAGGAGAACUUCAAGCAGAUUUACUCUCAGUUCUUUCCUCAAGGAGACUCCAGCACAUAUGCCACUUUUCUCUUCAAUGCCUUUGACACCAACCAUGAUGGCUCCGUCAGUUUUGAGGACUUUGUGGCUGGUUUGUCGGUGAUUCUCCGGGGAACCAUAGACGACAGACUAAACUGGGCCUUUAACUUGUAUGACCUCAACAAGGAUGGCUGCAUCACCAAGGAGGAAAUGCUUGAUAUCAUGAAAUCCAUCUAUGACAUGAUGGGCAAGUAUACCUAUCCUGCACUCCGAGAGGAGGCCCCAAGGGAGCAUGUGGAGAGCUUCUUCCAGAAGAUGGACAGGAACAAGGAUGGCGUGGUGACCAUUGAGGAAUUCAUUGAGUCUUGCCAAAAGGACGAGAACAUCAUGAGGUCCAUGCAGCUCUUUGACAAUGUCAUCUAGCUCCCUAGGAAAGGGGGUCAGUUGUCCUGGGGGGACCAUACUCUAGCCCUAGUGCAGGUGGAACUAGCCCUUCUCUUCCCAGGUCUGUCCUCAUCCUAGCCCAGCCCUGGGGGCUGUAAGAAUCUAAGAGCCUGGGGAUUCAGUGGUCCAGUGGUCCAGAUUGCUGGAGCUAAAGGGGCCAGGGCAUGGGUAGAAUGUAUCUGUGGGGUGUUCCUAACUCCCAACAGCUCCCACCCUCUUCCUGCCUGACAGUGCUGAGGGUACCCCUGCUAUAGGAAAUAAAUGGUUCUUCACCUUCCAUCGCCACUUUAGAAACUACAACACUAGACAAAAUGUCUCCUGCUAUGGUGCUUUCCCUAUCCCUGACCUCAUAUGCAUUUCCUCUAAGAUUUCCUUCUCAGAGAGUCUGCUCUGUCCAUGCACUGACUGGCCUUUCAGACCAGGGCCUUUGAGAGCCUUGUAGGAGGGGGACAAGAAGGCCUGAGCCAGGUGGUUAGAUCAUAGAUGGCUGGGGUAGAGUUCAGAAAGGCCUGGAGAUUGUCAGUGACACCUCAAGGCAUGCCAGGCUAUAGCUCUGAGCUCCACAGGUUUGCUACCCCAGGCUAUCAGAAUAGGAGUUCCAGGCCCUUCAGAAGACUGUCUCCUUGGAAAUGCCCCAGAAAUUUCCAUACUCUCCUCAGUAUUCCAGGAGAGCCUGGGAUCCUGAUGUCUGGCUCAUGCCUGGAAUUCCUUCUUCUCCUUCCUUCCUGUUUGUGGGGGUGGAGGCAGCAGCAGGGGAAUAUGGAUGGGAGAUGUCCCAGCUGAUGUCUGCCAGAGUUUUAGCCUAUCCUCCCUGAUGGCUACAACUUAAGUUUUCAUUUGCCAUUUCUUCUAGACUUGGGAGGCAUGGAGUGAGUCAGGGACCAUCCAGUGGAUGCCUUAGAAGAAAGGGGGAAGGAGGGAGGCAGGCAUAGCAUACCUGUGAGGGGGCAUUCACUAGAAUCUUUGAUCUACCCAGGCUCUGUUCCAACACCCACAAAGCCUCCUCAAUUCCUACUUAGGGUCUCCU